AUGUCGGCUGUUAAUAGUCGAGGAAGCAGGUCUCCCCACCUGCCGAGCAGAGGAGACAGCAACACGGUGACAGUCACCACGCAGAAUCGUAAUACAGACCGGCUGGUCGCGUUCGUAUUAGACCUCCAUGUAAGCCUCCUCCUGGCACUCCGCACCCCCUGCCCGGCCCUGGCAGAGCUCUCACUGGACGAGUCAGUGGCCUGGGGCGGCCGUGACAGAGUUCCGCGAACAGGGCAGGAAUCGGCCUUCCGGGCUCUGCAGGCCGGAAGUCUGGAGUCAGGUGUCGGCUGGAUCAUCCUCGUGAGCUCCUCACUCAGCGACCGGGACCAGAGCCUGUUCCUCAGCGCCGACGAGGGCGCCACCUUCCAGAAGCAGCUUGUCCCCUUCUCCGUGGAGACACUCCUCUUCCACCCCCGGGAGGAGGACAAGGUGCUGGCCUACACCAAGGAGGGCAAGCUCUACGCGUCGUCCGACCUGGGGAGGAAGUGGACCCUUCUGCAGGAGCGAGUGACCAAAGACCACGUGUUCUGGGCUGUGUCUGGGGUGGAUGCUGACCCUGACUUGGUCCACGUGGAGGCCCAGGACCUUGGAGGAGGUUUUCGCUACAUCACCUGCCAGAUCCACAACUGCUCGGAUAACAUGCAGACGAUGCCCUUCGUGGGUCUUAUCGACCAUGGCUCUCUGACCGUGCAGGAUGAUUACGUGUUCGUUAAGGCAACCACAACAAACCAGACCAAAUACUACAUCUCUUACCGUCGCAAUGAAUUUGUCCUGAUGAAGCUGCCAAAGUAUGCAUUGCCGAAGACUCCUGCCCAUGUGAUGUUUCAGAGCAAUAUCUCCUCCCAUUGA